CGAUUGACAAAAUACUUGGUUUAAUGGUCUGGUUUAGUUCUUUGGGUUAAGUUACUUCAGUUACCAGCUUGGUUCAAUUAUCUUUCCUGACACGAAGGCGAAUGCCAUUUGGUAAAAGUUAAAUCAGAAAGCAAUUCAUCUUUUAUCCUCUCCUCUCUCUCUCUCACGGGAUCUCACUCCAUCUUCCAUCAUCGCCAUCCAUCACUUGGAUAUCAGUUGCCUAAGUAACAACGGUGGUACAUUAUAGAGUUUGUGUCCUUCUCAGAUAUGGACAUAAUCAGUGGGUUGCCUGAUGAACUGCUUGUUAAGAUAUUACUGUUGGUUCCGACAAAAGUUGCUGUAUCCACAAGCAUCUUGUCCAAACGGUGGAAGUAUCUUUGGAUGUGGUUGCCCAAACUUGAUUACGGUCCUCGCGACUGUUCAGAGUCUGAAUGCGAGAAGCUAAGGUGUUUUCUUGACAGAACUUUGCCUUUACAUAGAGCUCCGGUUAUCGAAAGCUUCUCUCUUGACUUAUGCUGUUCACGAUUUAAACCGGAGAAUAUCAACAUGUGGAUUGGAAUAGCUGUUUCCCACUGCCUACGUGAGCUGGAGAUGCUAUAUGAGUCUGAUCCGGCUAAGCCAAUCGUGUUGCCGAGUAACUUGUAUGCCUGCAAAUCUCUCGUGGUCUUGAAACUUGAUGGAGAUAUCCUCUUGGAUGUUCCUCAAAUGGUCUCUCUUCCCUCGUUGAAAACUCUGAAGCUUCAAAGUGUGAGAUACUCCAGUGACAAAACUCUUCCACUGCUUCUAUCAAAAUGCCCACUUCUGGAAGAUCUUGUGUUGGAUUUAUGUGAGGAUGAUACCCCGAGACAUUUGAUAGUUGCUGUUCCGUCUUUGCAGAGUUUGUCACUCUCUAUACUCUAUAAUAAUCAUAUUAUAGAUGGGUUUGUGCUAACAACUCCUGCUUUGAAGUAUUUCAAACUUAUGGACUAUAAUGAACACUACUGUCUGAUCGAGAAUAUGCCUAACCUGAUCGAGGCAUAUUUAGAUGUUGAUUGUCCUGAUAUCAAGGAUCUGAUUGAGUCAAUCACAUCUGUCAAGCGUCUUUCAAUAUGUUCAAAGGCUAUGCUUGAUGAAGGUUUUGUCUUCAACCAGCUUGAACAUCUGGAGGUAUGUUUAUGCAUGGAGCAUUCCUCGAAUCAACUUUUCCGGCUGCUCAAAGCUUCUUCUAACUUGAAGAGACUGGACAUUUCCUUAAUGCGUGGUCACGUGUCUCAAGGUAUGGACGACUGGAAUCAACCAACUACCGUUCCUGAAUGUAUCCUGUCGUCUUUACAAACUCUCAACUGGUCGGCGGAGUACACAGGAGAACCACAAGAGAGAGAUAUUGCGGUUUACAUUCUGAAACAUGCUCUUCACUUAAAGACUGCAACAAUCAAGUCAUCUGAAUUGGAAGUUACAAAAUCUGAGAUGUUAAAGGAGUUGGAACUUUCGCCUAGAGCUUCAGCUGCAUGCCAACUCAUGUUCGAAGAAGUAGAAAAAACCCGUCAAGGCUAACUCUGACGCAGCUGGGUAGCAGCACCUUCUUGGUUCUAGACUUAAGGAGAAGCGUGAUCAGGCCGUAGUGAAAGUUUGGCCAAGAGGAGAUCUAGCUAGACUCUCUUCUGCUAAUCCAAAAUUUGCAAUAUCAACAAAUGAACAAAGAGAUUGAAACAUGAAGUUCAAUCUGAGUCACUAAGAAGCUAAAAACGCAAAACACAUUAUCAGUUUCUAGCAAAC